AUGGCAGGACUCGAGCAAUCACUCUUUCAACUAAAAUUUACGGCGAAGCUGUUGAACCGACAGGCUUCCAAAGCUGCGAAGGAAGAACUUUCCGAGAAGGCAAAGACCAAGAAGGCAAUGAUGCAAGGGAACAGCGACAUCGCCCAGCUUUACGCCCAGAACGCCAUCAGAAAAGCCAACGAAAGGGUAAAUCUCUUACGGCUAGCAUCCAGGAUUGAUGCUGUUGCCUCACGAGUGCAAACGGCGGUGACUAUGCGGUCAGUGACGGGUAACAUGGCGCUGGUCAUAAAAGGCAUGGAUAAAGCACUUCAGACAAUGAACUUGGAGAGAAUUUCUCUUGUCAUGGACAAAUUCGAAAACCAAUUUGAAGAUUUAGAUGCAUCUACUAACUACUACGAGUCGGCUACUAACAACGUUAAUGCCUUGACCACCCCACAAGAGGAAGUAGAUGAGUUGAUGAGCCAGAUUGCAGAUGAGGCCGGCAUUGAGAUGAAGCAGGGACUCAACGAGACGAAGGUUGACAUCCAAAGCCCCCCAGUGGCAAAUAUCACUGAAGAAAAGGAGGAUAAGCUAGCAGAGAGAUUACGUGCGUUGAGAAACUAG